AUGGAAUCAGAUGGGGACAAAAUAGAGAACACGACGCCUCCCACCGAUCUGCUCGACAGCAACAAAUCUCAAAUCUACAAAGCGCUGCUUAAGGAAAAUCACCAGAGCGAAGGGAAGCGUGUCCCGCACCUGGAAGAAACGUCCAUCUCGCGACAACCGUUCCCAUGUCCGAUCGCUAGUUGCCGGCAGCCUUGCUGUCUGUUUAUGUUUGCCACACACAUCACCUACGACCAUAAGGAUGUGCUGGUGGAUACGCUGUGGUCCGAUGAACCAACCACGGUACUGAUCGAUCCGUACACGGUGGACGUUGAUCAGCCACGGUGCCAUAAGCUACAUCUUCUCAGUGGCAAAAUCAGAGGUCUUGGCGAUGGAAAGCAUCGCGAUAAGCUGCCCUUUGCGCUAAUGUCUUCCAAAUUUGCACUGCAAGGUUCGAUGCGUUUAGUGCUGUGGAUUACCGGGCCCGACGCAGGAGGAAGUAACCGGCAGCAUUACACGAUGGAGGCUGGCCGAAAUGAUCCGACCAGGUUGCUCCCGUACGCCGUGGCAUUUAGUGGAGAAAUUGUGCCCGUACACAGCGCGCAGGACGCGGCCGUAAUACAUCAGUCCGGCGUUGGGCUUGUGAUACCCGAACAGCAGCUGGAAUAUCUUACCGACAACCGGACGAAACUUCUCGAAAUUUGCGUUCAUUUCUAUUGA